GGUUUAAGCUGCACACAAGGUCGUGUGUGAAAAGUGUAUGUGUGUAACAGGAACGGAGUGGGUAAGUGCUGCUCAAAAUAGCUGCUAAAUCAACGAGAUAGAUAAUUUAAUUGCCAUAUGGCUCUGUUUUGUAUACAUAUUCUGAAAUGAGUCACAUGGUGUAACUUUGAGAGUAAGUGGAAGAAGACCUUAUGUUCAUUCACACAGCUAAAGUUAGCUAGCAACCUUGCUAGCUAAAUAACAUGUUAAAAUAAGGCUCAGCCCUCGGCUCGAGUUGAAUAGAAUCGGCACUGUCUAUUUGCAGGAACGGAAAACCCACCAGAUAGUUAACUACUUCUUGCGUUUAGGACAAUACAUGCAUGCAGACUAUUUACUAGAAAAUUAGCUACAUUAACGUUAACUAGCUAACGUUACUUGCAUUGAACUUGACAAUGCCUUCAUGUCACCCAGCAACAUAUUUCUCAAUUACCGGUGUUGCCAUUUCUACAAAAGGAAUAACCUAGGAUAAUGCAUUUGGUAGGUUGUGAGUUGGUCAAGGCAGAUAAAGAACGGUAUGAAUGGUAAUACAAGGAAAGUUUGCAGUCUAGACGGAGUUGCAUCCACUUCCUGGUUAGAUUAUUCUCGCCGGAUCCAACCUGGCGGUGCGCGUGUCCUUAUCUGGUUGGAACAGAGUUGGGCACGUCUUUAAACCCAGUCAGUGAUUUCAUUUGGCAAAUAGUGUUAGUAUUAUAGAAAGUGGUUAAUAGAUCGUGUGAUGUAUUUAACAUUCGUAAAGUGAGUUUUCAACAAACACUUUGGGUUAGUAGAAUAACUUACUCGCCCUGAGUUUGUAGACUGAAACGCCGUGUUUUUAAACCCAGAAAUACUAUACAAAUAUGUAUUAUUUAAUAGAUUUUCCUCAUGACUGAGCUACUGAUCAAGCUACUAAAAAACGGACUGACUGCUGCUCUGACUCAUGCGCAAGCAAUGCACAUUUGGAAUGGAGCUUGCUGCCUCACACCUACACUGUUAAUUAAAUUUUUCUUCCCAACAGGUACUAAGGGAUAAGCCAAGUUAUCCCUCCCUGCUUGAAGAUGACGAAGUUUGGCUUUCUGCGGCUGUCCUAUGAAAAACAGGACACGCUGCUGAAGCUGCUCAUCCUGUCUAUGGCUGCAAUCCUCUGUAAGAACGCAUACACUUUGCAUCCCUUUCUGUUACUCUACACUUAUAGUAUUCCAUAUUAUUAUUGUGGGCCAUUGUCACCUGACUGUGAUAUGAGUAGAGAUGGUUAGGACUUGUUCUUUAUUUCCCCUUCUCAGCAUUUUCCACCAGGCUUUUCUCUGUGUUGAGGUUUGAGAGUGUCAUCCAUGAGUUUGAUCCGUAAGUCCACUACCUUGUUGUAUGAAAGUUCCCCCCUAAUAAUUCAGAUUAAUGCCAGUUUUCUAUUUAUAAUUCAAAUGGUGUUUAAAUCUCUGACCUUGCAUGCUUUGUUGCUUCAUUGUCAGGUACUUCAACUACCGAACAACCCGCUUCUUGGUAGAGGAGGGCUUCUACAACUUUCAUAACUGGUUUGAUGACCGGGCAUGGUACCCUCUGGGGAGGAUCAUCGGUGGCACCAUUUACCCAGGUAGGAAUGGGAUGACCUGUUCAACACAAGACUGUACUUGACGUUAUUGGGUGACUAUCUAGACAUUAGAAUGUUCCACUAAAAUGGACUGUCCUGUGUUAAGGUGGCUUUGGGUCAUCAACUCUAUUGUCACCUUUUUCCCCCUUUGUCAUAAAGAUCCUUUCUGUGAUUGUGUUGGCCUAGUCCACACAUUCUUCUUUGAUAGAACCUACUUGCCCUUUUGUUAACUCUUUCUGUUCUGCCCUGUUCCCCCAGGCCUGAUGAUCACCUCUGCUGCCCUGUACCAUGUCCUGAAUUUCUUCCACAUCACCAUCGACAUCCGUAACGUUUGUGUUUUCCUGGCUCCCCUCUUCUCCUCCUUCACUGCCAUUGUCACCUACCACUUUACCAAGGAGCUCAAGGUACGUUGCAGCACACAAGGAAGAAAACUUAAAGAAAUGUAGGGAAACGGGGAGGUAACCUACAAACUGAAAAUGCUCAAGAGCUCUGAAAUGUACUUGUUCCCAUGGUUUUCAUAUCUGUCUACUUGUAGGAUGCAGGUGCUGGGCUCUUGGCUGCUGCCAUGAUAGCGGUGGUACCUGGCUACAUUUCCCGUUCUGUCGCCGGCUCCUAUGACAAUGAAGGUACAGAACAUGCCUCAUCCCCACGGACAUGCCCCUCUAAAGGACUUGGCCCUUGUUGUGAUCUUUAAUCUAUUUUCUUGUUUUUCUAUCCAGGUAUUGCUAUCUUUUGCAUGCUGCUGACAUACUACAUGUGGAUCAAGGCAGUCAAUACAGGCUCCAUCUACUGGUCGUCCAUGUGUGCCCUUGCCUACUUUUACAUGGUGAGACUAACGCCUCUAAAAUAAAUAAAUGAUAAGGAACAUUGACAAUAGAGAACUUAGAAACUGAAAGUUACAGUAACUCAGUCCCUGCUGAAGGUUGACACUCCUCUUAUGAGGCUUAUCUGAAGGAGUCUUACCUUGGCUGCGUGUAAGAUAAAGGAAAAUUAGCAAACAGCAUUGUUACAAUAUGUAGCAAAAACGUUAAACCAACUGAACACAACCCUUAUGUAUUUGUCUGCAGGUGUCCUCCUGGGGUGGCUAUGUGUUCCUGAUCAACCUCAUCCCCCUCCACGUGCUGGUCCUCAUGCUCACCGGCCGCUUCUCCCACCGUAUUUACGUGGCCUACUGCACCGUCUACUGCCUGGGAACCAUCCUCUCCAUGCAGAUAUCUUUUGUCGGCUUUCAGGUAAACACUUCUCCUUAUUCUCUCCCUUACUAUGCAUACACAGCAGCUGUCCAGAUGUCCAUUGCAUGUUAUCUUGUGACUACAACAUGGGUCCAUGUAUAUGAUUUUUUAAAUAAUGAUUAAGUCAUUUAUAUAUCCUAUUAUCACAAAUGUUUGCCGUUGGAGUGAUUUCGGGAUAUUACACACACUCCGUUUACCUCCUUGUCUCCAUUGAAGCCUGUGCAGUCGUCCGAGCACAUGGCAGCAUUCGGAGUGUUUGGCCUGUGUCAGAUCCAUGCCUUUGUGGACUACCUGCGCAGCAAGCUGAACGCCCAGCAGUUUGAGGUCCUCUUCAAGAGCGUCAUCUCCCUGGUGGGCUUCGUCCUGCUUUCUGUGGGCACUGUGCUCAUGGUGACCGGUAAGAAACUCGCCAAGAAUCCGUUCAGGAAAGUACUCUCAAUCAAGUACAGUUUAAGUAUUUGAACGGAAACCAAUACUGCUGUAUUUGAACUCAGGCCAGAGCAAUGCCUCUACUCGGUAAUGUAGGAUUUUAUUUACAGACCUGUAUGGUUGUUCAAAGCCUGUUUGUUCUUGAUGAUUAACAUAUACACUGAACAAAAAUAUAUAAAUGCAACAUGCAACAAUUUAAAAGAUUUUACUGAGUUACAGUUCAAAUAUGGAACUCGGUCAAUUGAAAUAAAUUCAUUAGGCCCUAACAUAUGGAUUUCACAUGACUGGGAAUACAGCUAUGCAGCUGUUGGUCACAGAUACCUUAAUAAAAAAGGUAGGGUCGUGGAUCAGAAAACGAGUCCGUAUCCGAAGUUGCUGGAACUGGAACACUUGGUCGUACAUGUCGAUCCAGAGCAUCCCAAACAUGCUCAAUGGGUGACAUGUCUGGUGAGUAUGCAGGCCAUUGAAGAACUGUGACAUUUUGAGCUUCCAGGAAUUGUGUACAGAUCCUUGUGACAUGGGGCCAUGCAUCAUCAUGCUGAAACAUGAGGUGAUGGCGGCGGAUGAAUGGCAUGACAAUGGGCCUCAGGAUCUCGUCACGGUAUCUCUGUGCAUUCAGAUUGACAUAGAUAAAAUGCAAUUGUGUUCGUUGUCCGUAGCUUAUGCCUGCCCAUACAAUAACCCCACCGCCACCAUGGGGCACUCUGUUUACAACGUUGACAUCAGCAAACCGCUCGCCCACACGAGCGGUGCCAUACGAGCUGUUUGCAAUCUGCCCGGUACAGUUGAAAUCGGGUUUUCACUUCUCCAGCGUGCCAGUGGCCAUUGAAGGUGAGCAUUUGCCCACUGAAGUCGGUUACGACGCCAAACUUCAGUCAGGUCAAGACCCUGGUGAGGACGACGAGUAAGCAGAUGAGCUUCCCUGAGACAGGUUCUGACAGUGUGCAGAAAUUAUUUGGUUGUGCAAACCCACAGUUUCAGCUGUCCGGGUGGCUGGUCGCAGACUAUCCCGCAGGUGAAGCAGAUGGAUGUGGAGGUCCUGGGCUGGCGUGGUUACACAUGGUUGUGAGGCCUACUGCCAGUUUCUUUAAAAUGACGGAGGUGGCUUAUGGUAGAGAAAUUAACGUUCAAUUCUCUGGCAACAGCUCUGGUGGACAUUCCUGCAGUCAGCAUGCCAAUUGCACGCUCCCUCAACUUGUUGUGACACAACUGCACCUUUUAGUGGCCUUUUGUCCUCAGCACAAGGUGCACCUGUGUAAUGGUCAUGCUGUUUAAUCAGCUUCUUGAUAUGCCACACCUGUCAGGUGGAUGGAUUAUCUUGGCAAAGGAGAAAUGCUCACUAACAGGGAUGUAAACAAAGUUGUGCAAAAAAUUAGAGGAAUACAGUUUUUGUGCUUAUGGAAAAUAUCUGGGAUAAUUUAUUUCAGCUCAUGAAACAUGGGACCAAGACUAGAGCUGCAUGAUAUAUGGUUUCAGCAUCGACAUUGCGAUGUAUGCAUCCGCAAUAGUCACAUCGCAGAACGUGCGAUUUAGUAAGGUAAACAUAUCAGUCUACAAUAUAUAUAUUUUUUAAAUGUUAAACUUGCAUUAUAUCUGUCUGAUAUAAUGUAAUUUACUCCGAUUUAUGGGUUAUUGGAUACACAGAUUAUUAUUAUUAUUAUUAUUAUUAUUAUUAUUUUAAACACGGAGUUCGUUGCUGCACGUGGUUGACAUGCAGGCUCUGCUUGCGCGUGACGAAAUGAUGAGCAAGGAACAGGCAAAAAAUACCGAAAUUGAGAAUUUGGUUGCAAAAAGAAAUGCAUCGUCAAUUAUAUGGAAAUAUUUCGGCUACAGACAGGAUGAUGACCAAAAACUGGUACUUUGUCGAGAGUGCCUUGCAAUUGUUGCCACAACACGAGGCAACACGACAAAUUUGUUCGAUCAUUUAAGCGGCCCCACAAAUCUUUGUAUGACGAGUGCAAAGCAUCUCAAUGCCCUCCAAAGCAAAAAUCUAUUUCGGAUGCCUUUGUCAGUAUUACACCAUACGAGAACGGUUUCACGUCGCCAAAGACAUGGUACCAAUUAACACGAUUACCAAAGAGGGUUUUAAAAACAUGAUCCGGUCGCGUGACAAGCGGUAUGUAAUGCCGUCACGCAACUAUUUUUCUCAAGUUGCCAUCCCAGAGUUGUACAAGAAAUGCAAGGCACAAGUUGAAACAGAGCUGUCACAAGUGGAAUAUUAUACAGCAACAACGGACUUGUGGUCCAGCCGGACAACGGAGCCCUACAUAAGUCUGACCGUACACUUUAUUAAUGAGGACUUCCACCUGAAAAGUCGCUGUUUGCAAACUGCAUUUUUCCCAGAGGAUCAUGCAUACAUCCUGUAUUUUUUCAUAUCGCAAUAUAUAUCGCAGAAAAACAAAAUAUCGCAAUGUCAGUUAUUUCCAAUAUCGUGCAACCCUAACCAAGACUUUACAUGUUGCAUUUUAUAUUUACAUACAGAUAUGGUUAAAGAUAAAACGCAUAACCCUAUACCCAAUAAAUAUCAGAACCAAGUGAUUUGGUAGUGCCUUGUUCAUUUGGCUCGACACGACUUGACUGUGUUGUGAUUGUUGCGUUUCUCAGGGAAGAUCUCCCCCUGGACGGGUCGUUUCUACUCGCUGCUGGACCCAUCCUAUGCCAAGAACAACAUCCCCAUCAUCGCCUCUGUGUCUGAGCACCAGCCCACCACCUGGUCCUCCUACUACUUUGACCUGCAGCUGCUCGUCUUCAUGUUCCCAGGUAAACACACUCCGUCUGAAAUGGUAGUCUUGCUGGUGAAAUGACACAGCAGAAUGAUGUUUAGGUAAAUGGAUCAAUCAGAAUACUUUCGGGACAAAGGUACAAAUCACUUGUAAAGAAAAACUUUGCGCUGCUUUAAUGAACCUGCAUUUCUUCAUCCUGACAGUGGGUCUGUAUUACUGCUUCAACAACCUGUCUGAUGCCAGGAUCUUCAUCAUCAUGUAUGGAGUCACCAGCAUGUACUUCUCAGCUGUCAUGGUAUGUCGGCCUGCAGAUUAGCUCUUGAAUAAGAGGAAUAUUUUAAAUCUAUGGUUUCAAAUAUUCCAAUAUUUACUUUUGCAGUAGGAAUUGCACAUGGUACCUGUCAGUGCUCCCCUAGGCUCGAUCCUUCCAUAUUAUUUACGCAGUCAGGCAACGCUAGAUUAGUUUUCCCCUAUUGCAUGUUGUGCAAGCAGAUGAGCUCCCAGAAAGAGACUACGUAGCAGGUUAUGUUCAACAGAUUUGGCUGCUUCUCUCCUCAGGUGCGUCUGAUGCUGGUCCUGGCACCAGUCAUGUGCAUCCUGUCAGGCAUUGGUGUGUCCCAGGUCCUCACCACUUACAUGAAGAACCUGGAUAUCAGCCGGCCAGACAAGAAGAGUAAGAAGCAGCAGGACUCUACUUACCCCAUCAAGAACGAGGUAAGAGAGGAAGGAUACAUAAAGGCAUGAUGAUGCCAUAUUGGCCCCCAGAUGGCACUGUUCAAUAAAUGUUUGUUAAUGUCACCGAAAUGCAGCUUUGGCAUGUAGCCAUUGAUACUGGAUGUCAUUCCAACUGAUGAAGUCGGGGGAUAUAUUUGAUAAGGGUGAAAUGAUGUGAGAUCUAGGCCCAGUCCAGUUACAACCCCUAGGCACUAUAGAUCUGAAAGUAGUAUUAGGUUCCCUGAUAUCCUGUACCUUUUUAUCCACCAGGUGGCCAGCGGGAUGAUUCUGGUCAUGACCUUUUUCCUCAUCACCUACACCUUCCACUCCACCUGGGUGACGAGCGAAGCCUACUCCUCCCCCUCCAUCGUCCUGUCAGCCCGCGGCGGAGACGGCAGCCGCAUCAUCUUUGAUGACUUCAGAGAGGCCUACUACUGGCUCCGCCACAACACCCCAGAGGAUGCUAAAGUGAUGUCAUGGUGGGAUUACGGCUAUCAGAUAACAGCCAUGGCCAAUCGAACAAUUCUAGUGGACAACAACACAUGGAACAACACGCACAUCUCCAGAGUUGGCCAGGUGAAGUAUUUUUAUUUUCUGUAUUGAUGACUUUACAUGGGACUGACACGUGACAAUCCUAUCAUCUGUUAAUGCCUGGUUGAUACCUGUGACUUCUGAACUUUAUAUAAACUGUGUUUCUGUUGACCGGUAGGCCAUGGCAUCCACCGAGGAGAAGGCCUAUGAGAUCAUGCGGGAGCUGGAUGUAAGCUACGUCCUGGUCAUCUUUGGUGGACUGACGGGAUACUCCUCAGACGGUAUGUCUACAAAGCCAGUGGAAACUAUCAAUGCCCAUCACUCUAUGCAUAAUCACUCACUUAUAAUAAUUAUAAUCACUUAUUACAGCUUCUUAACAUAUGUAUUUCAGAUUAAGUUAUUUAACUUAUUAGUUGUCAAUGCCUAAUACAUACAUACAUCAGAUCAGUGGUAUUCAAAGUUGGGGUCGUGACCCCUAAUGGGGUCGCCAAAAUUAAAGACAAUAUACCAUGUUUUUGAGAAAGAUAAUUUUGUUGAGUAAAUGCAUUUAUUGGUUUCUUUUCAGUUUGAUUAGAGAUGAAAAUGCAUUGAAUUUAAGGUUAUUUGUUAUAAACAUUUGAAUGGAUAUUUUAUUUAAGGUUGUCAUUCGAUUUGGGGUGGGGUCGCAAUAACUUAUUGGGGAAAACAUGGGGUCCCCAGGAAUUCUGGUGGAAAAAGUGGUCCCCGCUGAAAAAGUUUUAAUACGACUGCAUUAGAUGGUACACUUUGUACAUGAUCAUAAAUAAUCUUUAACUUGAGAAUAUAACUCAUGCUUUACGUCUGCCGACACUCCUCUCUCUGUGCAGACAUUAACAAGUUCCUGUGGAUGGUGCGUAUUGGGGGUAGCACAGACACAGGGAAGCACAUCAAGGAGCACGACUACUACACCCCCACUGGAGAGUUCCGCGUGGACCGUGAGGGCUCCCCUGUCCUGCUCAACUGCCUCAUGUACAAGAUGUGCUACUACCGCUUCGGCCAGGUCUACACAGAGGCCAGUGAGUAACCCUGCAUAAUUAUGACACUGUGGGUGUCAAUCUUCUAUUUGUCAUCUUGGCCCUAGUCCUGAUGUUCUAACCUUUGUUCCAGAGCGCCCCCCUGGCUAUGACCGAGUGAGAAACGCUGAGAUCGGCAACAAGGACUUUGAGCUGGACGUGCUGGAGGAGGCCUACACUACAGAGCACUGGCUGGUCAGGAUAUACAAGGUAUAUCUCCUUCUCGCUCUGUAGCUACGGUCUUCUACUCUCCUCUGUAUUUAUUCAGUCACACCCGUAGAGUACCAGGCCAUUUCAGGGGGUUAUUUUUAUUUUUUUUAAACGUUACAUGUAGACUCUAUAUGAAAAAGUUGCAAUUUGGGAGUAUAAAUGAUAUUUCCUCAUUGUUGAUGCCAAGGAGUCAAAAUAAAUCUUUGGGAUUUUUUUUUUUAACAACGAUUUAUUAACUGUCUUGUUUACCCCCUUCAGGUGAAAGACCUGGAUAACCGAGGGCUAUCACGGACGUAAAGCCCUCCGACCCAUUAGCGUUCAUACACCCCUUUUUAGCACACAGCACUGAGAAAGCCUUCCCCUGUGGUCUGCAGAUGAGUGUGAAAUUAAACCGUUGUUUUAUACUUUUGUUGGGAAUUGCAGAAAGAUUGUUUUUGUUGAUUGUUUUAUUUUACUUACCAAUGUGGCGUCUCUCAUCUGGGAAUGGAAGGAGGUGGUGUUUCAUAACGUCCAAUCAAAUGUCAAUAAAUAAUUUCUGCAAUCAAUGGCCAAAAGAGUGAUAUUUUUUGUCAGUCGUGAGCUUUUAAUUUUUACAAUGUGGUCAAUAAAGGAGGGAUAAAUCUGACAAUG